GGGGCACAAACCGCCGCCGCCGCCUCGGCGCCUCGCCCCGCCCCCGCAGGCGGGUGCCGCGCACGCACAAGGGGGCGGGGCUGACGCUCGCCGCUCUUCCUCAGCGCCCGGCACUGCCCCCAACUCGGGGCCGGAAGUGGUCGGCCCCGCCCCGGAAGUGCUUGAGGGCGGAGACGGGCGCGGGCUGGGACGUAAGCCUCCGCUGCUGCGUUAGUUUUGCACCGGAGUUAAGAUGGCGGUGCAGACGCAGAGCGGGAUUCGCCUCAGCGCGCUUUGUCCAAAGUUCUUGCACACAAAUUCUACCAGUCACACUUGGCCGUUCAGUGCAGUUGCAGAACUUAUAGACAAUGCUUAUGAUCCAGAUGUGAAUGCAAAACAGAUAUGGAUAGACAAAACAGUAAUAAAGGGCAACAUAUGUUUGACAUUUACUGAUAAUGGAAAUGGUAUGACUUCAGAUAAACUGCACAAAAUGCUCAGCUUUGGUUUCAGUGACAAAGUUACGAUAAAUGGCCGCAUUCCAGUGGGACUGUAUGGAAAUGGAUUUAAAUCGGGAUCUAUGCGCCUGGGAAAAGAUGCAAUUGUUUUCACCAAAAAUGGAGAGACCAUGAGCGUUGGCCUGUUAUCUCAGACCUUCCUAGAAGCUACAAAGGCAGAACAUGUCAUUGUUCCUAUAGUAUCAUUUAACAGGCAACGGCAAAUAAUUAAUCCAGUAGAAUACAAAGCCAGCCUAAAGGCUAUCCAAGCAUAUUCUUUGUUCUCUACUGAGGAGAAGUUACUAGCAGAGCUUGAUGCUAUCAUGGGGAAAAAAGGAACAAGAAUCAUCAUUUGGAACCUUAGAAGAGAUAAAGAUGGAGAAACGGAACUCGAUUUUGAUAAGGAUAAAUAUGACAUCAGAAUUCCAGAAGAUUUAGAUGAAGCAACAGGGAAAAGAGGGUAUAAAAAACAAGAGAGACAGGACCAGAUUGUGCCUGAAAGUGACUAUUCGCUAAGGGCUUACAGCAGUAUUUUGUAUUUGAAGCCAAGAAUGCAAAUCAUUAUCAGAGGACAAAAAGUGAAAACGCAGCUGAUUUCCAAAAGUCUUGCAUACAUUGAACGCGAUAUUUAUAGACCAAAAUUUUUGGCUGCUAAAACUGUAAGAAUCACCUUUGGAUUUAACUGUAGAAACAAAGACCAUUAUGGAAUAAUGAUGUACCACAAAAACAGACUCAUCAAAGCUUAUGAAAGGGUUGGCUGUCAAUUAAAGGCAAACAACAUGGGUGUUGGUGUAGUUGGGGUUAUAGAAUGUAACUUCCUAAAACCAACUCAUAAUAAACAAGAUUUUGAUUAUACCAAUGAAUACAGACUUACAAUAGCAGCACUGGGAGAAAAACUUAAUGAUUACUGGAAUGAAAUGAAAGCAAAGAAAAAUGAAGAAUAUCCUCUAGAUUUGCCAGUAGAGGAUCUACAAAAACGACCUGACCAGACAUGGGUUCAAUGUGAUUCUUGUCUGAAAUGGCGGAAGCUUCCAGAUGGAAUAGAUCGCUUGCCAGAGAAGUGGUACUGUUCGUUGAAUCCUGAUCCACAAUUCAGGAAUUGCAGUGUACCAGAAGAACCUGAAGAUGAUGACCUAAUACAUCCGACAUAUGAGAAAACUUGUAAGAAAAAAGACAGGGAAAAACUAAGGAGGCGACUGGAGUACAGCCAACAGGUUAAUAAUGAAAUGUAUUUUAAAACACCUUCUGUCUCUUCAAUCAAAAAUGCAUUGUCAUCUAUGAGUAGAAAGGAGGGUGCUCUAAGAUCACACUUAACAGAAGCCUUGAACACUUCUGUUACAAGAUCUAUAAACACUUCAAAUAAUAGAUUAGUAUCUUCACCUCAUUUGGAUCCUGAAACAAGCCUUAAACGGAAGAUUUCUGGUUGUUCGCCUAUUACUUUAAAGACACCACGAUUAAAUAACCACACAUUUGACAAUCACACUGAAGAUGAUGAUGAGGACGUCAUCAUCUUAGAGGAGAGCAGUACUCCAAAGCCUGCAGCAGACUGUGAUGUUACAAUAGUAAAAACUGAGCAUAUUAACGUGGAACAAAGCAGCAUGCAAGAGGAGCCUUGUGGUGCAGGUAGUUCAGAAGAUAAAUAUGAGCAGUGGACUGCAUCAACCCAAACUGAGAUCCCAAGUUUAGUGGUUAAAAAAGAAGAAGUAGAAGAUAUAGAUAUGCAGCUACCCAGAUCAACUUUGGAAACAAGCCAACAAGAAAUCAUUAAUGCUUCUGAGGCAUCUUCUGUGGAUUUUAGCAUCAAAUUAAAUGAACUAAGAAAUCGGCUGCAAGUAGCAAACCAAGAAAAAGAAAAUUACCGAAAACAGUGUGAAAUGUUAACCGACCAGAUGAAAAUACUAGAGCAGAAGAUACUAGAAAUGAAUGAUAACUAUGUGAAAAAGGAAAUGUGUCAUCAGUCAACUGAGACUAUUAUAUUCCCAGAUGACAAACUAGAAAAUUUUAAAGAGAAAAGUCCAGAAGAAGUGGGUAUUUUAUAUGAGCAGGCCUUAAAAGAGAUGGAAAAGCUAAAAGAACAGUGUAGUACUUUGCUAAACUUAAAAACAGAAUGCAGCAAAUGUGCUAACAAUGAAAAUAAAAAUGAGGUGGAUGAAAUUGCUGUGCAACUUGAUGAUGUCUUCAGACAACUGGACAAAUGUAAUACUGAGAGAGAUCAAUAUAAAAGUGAGAUUGAACUGCUGGAAAUGGAAAAAACUCAAAUUGGUUUUCAGUGCGAAGAGCUUAAAAGAGAAGUUGCACAGUUAAAAGCUACAAUUCCUCAAGUGGUAGCAUGUGCAAAUGAUUCUACAACCAGUAACAUUGAAGAUCCUGUCAAUUAUUCUGUUGAAGAAAGCCUGAAACUGCGAUCCCUCCGAGUUAACGUUGGACAGCUACUGGCUAUAAUUAUGCCUGAUCUAGAUUUGCAGCAAGUAAAUUAUGAUGUUGAUAUAGUUGAUGAAAUUUUAGGACAAGUUGUGGAACAAAUGCAUGAAAUUACCACUACUUAAUAUCCUUUACUGAAGACAUUAAGAAACUUGCUGAAUCUUCCACUAUAUUGUAUGGUUUCCAAAUUGUAAAGACUGGUUUUGUUUUUAUGUUUGAGUGAUUUAGAUACAAACUCAGUGUAAAAUAUAUAUAUUGUGUGCACUCAGGUGUCACAAAUACUGUGGGUACUUUUCACGUACCUUUUAACUUUCUCCUUAAAAGGAACAGUCAACAUUGACAGGCCGUGGAUGUACCUAACUUAAGAAUUUUGUUUUAAAAAUAAAUGUUUGUAAUUAAACUUGCAAAUAUUUUCUAUUACUUUAGAAUCUUAAACAGUUUUUACAGAGCUUUUCAUUUGGCUUUUAACUUUUGUAUUCUCAGUGAUCCUUAAAUGUAUUUAUUCCCCCAAAACUAAACUUACCCUCUCUGAUCCCCCUUUGAAAACAAACCACAAUAGCAUGGUUGUAAAUAUAAGUAUUCUGCUUGUAAACAAUAAUGAACCAGGCAAGUUUUUGUGAGUUUGCCUUUACUUAUGAUAAAAUAUAGUUGGUACAUGAAAUUUUUGGGCUGUGGUCCCUGGUAGCAAUAUGGGUUGUGGGUUUUUUUUUUUGGCACAACAAGUGCUAAUACCUGCAAUUCCCACCAAAGCUAGUAGGAAUUGCAGAUGCUCAUACCACUCAAAGCAUAUUGCUGUGGUACUAACUACAAGUAGGCAUAGUUUUGGUAUGUGCUGUGAGCAUAUUCAUAGCUCUGCCAAUGCAACUCAAUACUGACCAGAAAUACUACCAUUUUAAUACUACCCCCUUGAGUGAAGACUGUUAAUCAUGUUAAAUUGUAUAGUGGUUUUGUGAUGUUGGCAAAUACAUAAUAGGGACAA